AUGACUCUGUCGAACCUCCCCGUUCCCUUCGUAGGGGCGUCAGCGAUCUUGCUCCUAUCAAUCCCUCAUGCCCGACAGGUUGUCACUGACUGUGGAAACAAGAAAGGAUACAUAUCAAUCGAGUCUAGCAACGACGAUGAGGUCAUUACCACCGGCAAGUCGCCGCGAUCAGUCUGGCAACGCGUGACCCUUGGUAUGGUGGCAGCAGCAGCCACCAUUGCGGCACUCUGGUCCUGCGUAAGCAUCCAACCAGUGCUUGCUCCAAAAGCCCUUCUUUUGGCGAUGUGGUCCAUGAUCCUAGUGCAAGAAUUGUUUCUCAUAAGCCGUCGGAAUCCCGAAGCUCGAUAUCGCUUAGGCCACUACAGCGCCUUGGCAAGUCUGGCCAUAGCCAUCAGUGUAGCCUGGCCAUAUGCUUCGUCGUUGCACAGCAAAUCUGACUUCAAAUUAACUUCCCCUGAUGCAUCGAGCAUUGUUCAAACGAUCGCUGCUGUCAUUCUCCUCUUCGUGAAUCUCGCAUUUCCACGAGGACCUACACUCUACCGCCACGGCCAUCCGGUUGAUGCGCUAAACUCCGUCUCGUUUCUAAGCCGAUACACCUUCUCCUGGGCGUACAAAACCCUGGCCAUCGCGGCGAACAAUAAAAGACUCAAUAUUGACGACCUCCCGCUAGUCGGGGACGAAGUGCGUGCAAAGACCCUGUCCGACGCCUUCUUUGCAGUCAGCUCAACCUCGGCGCGAUGGAGGAGGUGGCUUAAGCUCUACUGGCCAGAGAUAGCCUCGCAGGUGAUCAUACAGCUCUUCGCCAAUGCGGUGAACUUCCUCCCUCACUUCCUCCUCUUUAGCAUCCUUCGCCUCUUCGAGGACCGGGAUGCAGGAGCCAGGAACCAGCUUCAACUAUGGUUGGCUGCGCUCUGUCUUGGGCUAUCGAUGGUGGUCAAGUCAUGGUCCAUAUCAUUGAGAGACUUGGUUGCUGAUAUGAAGCUUUCUCUGCCGAUUAAUGAACAGCUGCUAGCAGUCAUUUCCAAGAAAGCCAUGAGAUUGAACGAUGUCGUGAUAUCCACCGGCGAUAGCGAGGAUGAUGAUGCUGCGAGCAACGAUGGCGAUGACGACGACGAUGACGAUGGACCGCCCAGAACAAAGCACUCCGUUCUCAAUCUCCUCGGAGUGGACGUGGAAAGAGUCUCCGACUUCGUCUCGUUCGCUCAUGUGCUCAUCGACUGCAUACUUGAGCUUGGCAUCUCAAUUUCCUUCCUCUUAUACCUGAUGGGAUGGAAGUCCAUGGUGGCUGGCUGCGCUAUUCCCGUCCUCCUGAUACCUUUCUACUACCAUUUAACGAGCCGGUACAGUGGACAGGAACAAGCCCUCAUGGACCGCCGUGACGACAAAUCCGCGACUCUUACGGUCUUGAUGCGCGGCAUGCGGCAGAUCAAGUUCAGCGCGCUGGAAAACCAAUGGUACGACAAGAUCCUGGGUUUGCGGGAAAAGGAGCUGCGUAACCAAUACACAGUUUUCCAGCUGGACGUCUGCCUAUAUGCCAUGUGGACACUGGGUCCUCUGUGCAUGAGCUGUAUCUCCAUCGCGACACAUAUCUACAUAAAUGGCUCUAUUGCCGUGUCAGCUGCCUUCACAGCCUUGUCGCUUUUUGAAAAUCUACAGGGCGUGCUAAGCUUGUUUCCGGAAACCUUUACCGAGCUACUAGAUGCCUUGGUCAGCCUUCGGCGAAUCGAAAGCUUUCUGGAUCUGGCAGAACACGAGGACAAGAGGGUGCCAGGGGACGCUAUCUCCUUUCGCGAAGCGACCAUUGCAUGGCCGUCCGUUGCGUCAGAAGAUGCAGCAGUGCAGUUCCAGCUUAAGGGUCUCAAUAUAGACUUGCCUCCGCGGGAGCUCACGGUCAUCUCAGGACGGAGCGGUGCUGGCAAGUCACUCCUCCUUCAAGCGCUUAUCGGCGAAGCAGACAUUGUGAAGGGGACUGCGAUUGUCCCUCGCGCAUCAGCCGCCAGCUGGCCAGCUGGCGAGGAAAACUGGAUAGUGGAUGGCCUAGUUGCAUAUGUUUCCCAAGAUCCGUGGAUUGAGAACGCGACGAUCCGGGAUGCCAUCUUGUUCGGGCUGCAUUUGGACGCAGAGCGGUAUGACAAGGUCAUCCAUGCGUGCGCUCUCUCGCAUGAUCUGCAAUCUUUCCCUGACGGGGAUAGAACGGAUAUCGGCGCUAACGGAAUCAAUCUGAGCGGUGGGCAGAAGUGGCGCCUGGCGUUGGCGAGGGCGCUAUACAGCCGAGCUAGCAUUCUCGUUUUGGACGAUAUCUUUAGUGCGGUUGAUUCCAAUGUUGGCCGGCAUCUGUAUGACAAUGCUCUGACUGGGCCUCUUGCGAAAGGGAGAACUAGAGUCCUGGCCACGCACCAUAUUCGACUGUGUCUGAGAGGGGCCGCGUACCUGGUGAGGCUGGAGAAUGGCAACGUUGUGCAGGCAGGGCAUCCAUCCAGUCUCGUCCAAGACGGACCUUCCGAGCAAAGUCUUGAUGACGGGACGUCAGACGCAUCGGAUAGCGAACCCAAGUCGCGGUAUCCCAGCCAGCGAACCGACGCUACUCCGCGUUCAGACGCCCAGCCCAAAAAGUACUACGAGGAAGAGAAGCGAGAGCGUGGCGUGGUCAAAGCAGAGGUGUACAAGGCUUAUAUCAAAGCUUCCGGGGGCUACUCUCGCUGGAUUCUCGUCAUCAUUCUUUGCGUCAUGACACUGGUCCUGAACCUGGCAGCUCCUUACUGGGUUACCGUUUGGACCAGAGCAUACAACCAAAGUCCUCCGCGAGCGAUUCUCACACAGCCCGCUGAUCAUCCAGAUUUCAGGACUGGCGGACUGCAUUUGGACCAUCGCCUUGUCUACUAUAGCUCAAUCUACUUCGGCUUGGCAUUCGCCUCGUGGGUCCUGGACAUCAUCCGUAUCCAGAUCAUCCUCGGUAGCUCCAUUAAAGCUUCCAAGGUGAUGUUCGAACAGUUCGCCCAGACCAUCCUCCGGGCCCCCCUCCGUUUCCUCGAUAUGACACCGGUUGGCCAGAUCCUGAACCGGUUCACUUCCGAUUUCGGCACGUUCGACUCCGAUCUUGCUCUGGAUCUCUCGUACCUCCUGCACAGCGGCAUCAUGAUCUUCGGCGUCAUUGUCGCAGCUUCGGUGACUUCUCCUCUCAUCGUGGGAAUUGGCCUGCUGACUCUCUUGGCGUCGUGGGCGGUCGCUUACUUCUACGUCACCGGUGCCCGCGAGGCAAAACGACUAGAAAGUACCGCUCGAUCGCCCAUCUUCGAGCUGGUCGGCUCUCUGCUCACCGGGUUACCUACCAUCCGUGCAUUCGGGAGAGAAAAGGCCUACCUGAAGCGAAUGUACGAUCUGAUUGAUGUACACUGCCAGGCUCUCUGGCACAAGCGGUUAUUCUCGUGCUGGAUGGCGUUUUGGAUGAGCAUGGUCGGAGCAAUUUUCGUCGCCUCCGUGACAAUCACCUUCGUCACCAUCCGCACCCUCGACGCCGCUCUCGCAGGAUUCGCUCUCAGCUACGCGCUCGAACUGUCGGACCACAUCUACUGGCUCCUCUCGCAGUACGCCAAACUCGAACUCGACGCCAACGCCGCCGAACGGAUAGUAGAAUACACGCAGCUCGACCAGGAACCCCAAUCCGGCAUCGCCGUGCCAGCAUACUGGCCCCACAACGGCGAGAUCGAGGUUACCGAUCUCUGUGUCAGCUACGGGCCAGACCUCCCGCCUGUCCUGCAGGACCUCACCUUCACGCUGCGCCCCGGCGAGCGAGUCGGCAUCGUGGGCCGCACAGGCGCAGGCAAAUCCUCGCUUUCCCUGGCGCUCCUCCGCUGCCUGGACGCGCGGUCCGGGUCCAUCCACAUCGACGGGAUCGAUAUCGCGCAGGUGCGAUUACACGAUCUCCGCUCGCGCGUGGGCAUCAUCCCGCAGGACCCGGUUGUGUUUGCGGGCACGGUGCGCGAAGUCCUGGAUCCGUUUGCCCAGCAUGAUGAUAGCGAGUUGCGCGAUGCUCUGAGGGAGGUCGGGCUGCUUCCGGAUGACCAUGAUCCUGAAGGAGAGAACACGGCUGAAGGCCUGUCCAAUGGGGUAUUCUCUCUCGAUGCGUCUAUCAUAGAAGAAGGACGGAACCUCUCGCAGGGCCAAAAGCAGUUACUGUGUCUGGCGCGUGCGCUGGUCUCGCGGCCGAAGAUCCUGAUCAUGGACGAGGCCACGGCGUCGAUCGAUAUGGAGUCGGAUAUUCGGAUCCAGCGGACGCUGCGGCAGGUGGUUCGUGGGUGUACGUUGCUGGUUAUUGCGCAUCGACUGUCGACGAUUGCGGACUUUGAUAGGAUUCUUGUUCUGGAUGGGGGCAGGGUGGUGGAGAUGGGGCCACCGGGGGAGCUGAUGAAGACUGAGAAUGGUGUUUUCCGGGGUUUGGUGGAGGAGAGUGGAGAGAGGAUGGCGAUUGAGCGGAUGAUCGAGGAAUCGACAGGUGCAGUAUAG